AUGCGUCCUGAUACUCUCCGCCAGCCGGGGAAGAAGCCGUCUCUUGGAGACGGGCUUGAGCUGGACUUCAUGCGCAAGGCUUCCUCGUGCGAGCCCAUCAGCAAAGCUUCCACGUCGGAUGAUGAAAGCUUUAAUGGUGGAACACGUGGCGAGACCGCGAGCGACACGCUGCUCCGGAGCCCCAAGGCUCGAGCUCAGCUCAAGAAGCCUAUUUCGGCUGACGGUACUCCCGUCUCGACUCGCUCGACUAAUUUCAUGGUCGGAUCCAGUGAAGACGACGACGUCUUCGCCGAUGGCUCAAACGAUGGCUCAAACGAUGGCUUUCGCGGCCCAUCGAGCCCUCGUCGGGGAAGCGAAGUCGCUGUCUACCAGGAAGAUACGCGUGACAAGGUCGACCCGCAAACCAUGUAUGCGGGCUCUUCCUGCAUGUUUGUUGCCAAUCUUCCGCAACAGUUCCACGACCGAAAGCUCGAAGAGGAAGUGACUAAAGCUUUCAGCCAGUUUGGUAUUGUGUUUGUGAAGAUCAAGCGUGACUCCAGAGGCAUGCCGUUUGCCUUCUGCCAGUAUACGAAUGACCAAGACGCACAGUCCGCGAUGAGACUUGGCAAGGGCAUUAUGAUCCUCGAGCGACCUUGCCGCACCGAGAUGGCCAGAGCACACUCGUCCUUCAUCGUGUACAAGUAUUCCGGACAGCGGAUUCGCCUUCACGAGGCCCGCGAUCUUCUUCGCCGUCUCGGUCAGAUUUCCAAGGCCGAGUACCUCAACGAGGGCCUCCGAGCGGUCGCACGCCUUCCGCAGACUGUCGUCGUGACGUUCAAAAUGUACGACCCGAGACGCGAUCCUCCCAAGAUCUUCGCAUUUGACCCGACCUACUGCGUCAAGGUUUUUGACCCAAAGGCACUCUCCGCCAAGGAAAGCACCCCGGUUGCCGCCCCUCGCGAGGGUACCUUUCUUAAGCAGUAUGACAGAGACCGACGCUCGGCGUAUGUGGGAAACCUCCCGCCGAGCAUGACCAAGGAUGUCCUCAAGUCUCUUGCCAGCUCCUGUGGCGAAGUGGUGGACGUCCAGCUUCAUCACAAAGAGGUGGCGGGCGGAGGUGGUCUCAGAACUUGCUUCGGGUUUCUCGAAUUCAGUCGACCUGAUGCGCCUGAUGAGCUUGUGGAGGCAAUGCACGAUACUGACAUUGACGGCUAUCGGAUUCGAGCUGAGCGAAAGCAGUCUCGGUCUGCCGAGGCUCCACGAUAUGUCCCGCCGCCGGCCUGCGAGAUAUCGUAUCCACGAUACUCGACUGUCUGCGCGCGUGCUGGCUCAUUCGAGCUUGAAAAGCCCUCGGAUGGUGGCUAUGGCACUCCCUCGGGGAACACGGGGCGCAGCCGCCAGUCUCGUCCUACCGUUCUUGGCUCCGACUCGUCCCCGGCUCGUGACAUUUUCGAGCCUCCUGAGACGACCUUCGCUGGCUCGCCAUACGAUGAGGCUCGAACGUCUCGAGCAGAGUCCUUGGCCGUUCCAGGCUCGUCAGUCAAAAAGUCUGUUGAAUUCGACUUGCCUUGCCGCAACGUGUCUGGCUCGUCUGCUGAUUCGGGGCCUAGCGCUGCGCCUGUCAAGAUGGCUUCCAAGCCCACCACUCCCAAGGCCGCCAGCGUGCCCUCGACCUCGUCUGCCAGAAAGCGUCCUGGCUCUCGAGACACCGAGGCAACGCCCGCACCGCCGACUGCGAUGCCCUGGCUCCCACCCUAUCCCCCGUUCGGGUACCCAUACAUGGGAGCGCCGAUGACGCCUCAGGCAAAUCCUGGCCUCAUGUACGCCGGUUACAUGCAGCAUCCCAUGUACCAUACGAUGUACGACAUGUAUGGCAACAUGAUGCUCUCGCCGCCUCACAUGAUGCCGGCCUUCAACCCAGGACCUGUUUUCAACGGAACGCCGGCCCGCUCUGACCGCGACAACAAGUCCACUGUCGAGCCAGGCUCGGAGACUCCCGACGGUCGCAAGUCGGAAGGAAAGGGCAAGGAGCCAUCGCUUUGA